AAUAUGAUAGUAACAAACCCAAAGUUCCGGUUCAACUAUUUGUUAUGAGUCGUUGUCCAGACGCAGUCGCAUGCGAAUCUGUGUUUGGAGAGGUUUUGAAACAAACGAAUGAUAUCACCAUAAUAACCACAAAUUAUGUCGCAAAGCUUAAUGAUUCUGCAACUUAUGGUGCAUCCUGCAAGCACGAAGAUAUCGAAUGCAUUGAUCAAACAACAUUUUUCAACUUUCUCUUGUGUCUUAACCGCUACAUACCUAGAAUUGGUUCACGUGAUUGGGCAAUACAAUGUUCCAAAGAAGCAGGUGUGGAUUAUACGCCCGUAGAUAAAUGUGCAACUUCUAAUGUCGGAAAAAAUCUCUUUGUUAAAAGCGUAAGCAUAACAGAGUCAUAUGGCGUUAGUAAAAGUUGUACGAUUUACAUUGAUGGCAAACUGAGAUGUAUCAGAGAUGAUUUCUGGUAUGAUUGUCCUGGGGGCCAUGAAGUGGAUGAUUUUGUACGAUCCAUUCAAGACGCAUAUGAAGGCAUUUGA